AUGUUCGACUGUUUGUGGAGUAUAAGUUAUCACUUGGUGAUAUCUUACUUUACAUUCCGUUUACUCAAGUUCCUCUACAUUGUUGCCUAUAGUGUAUAUGGACAUUUUGUUGCUACGCCAGUUGAUUUGACUAGUUAUAAAGACAAAUGGACUGGUAAGAUCUUAUCACAACUUUUGAUCUCAACUUUAGAUCGUAUCUCGAACCUUUUAUGACAACCAAAACAGUACAAGCAUGAGAUUUUUUGAAUUUUUUGUUAUGAUUUGUCACUUUUUUACCUGAAAUUUAAAAAAAUAAAAAAACCAAAAAAGUAUUGCCGUUUGCACUAUAUAUUGUAAUAAUGAAACAAAAAAAAGCCUGUAAAGUACUGCCAACACUAUCAGAAGUUUAGUAUAACGACUUUAAAAUCGCCUUAAAAAUCAAAAUGAAACUAUGAACAAGUCUUAUAAGGUCUGUUUUCAGUAGUAACUGGCUGCACAGAUGGAAUCGGCCGUGCUUAUAUUGAGGAACUUUGUCAGACCAGAGGAAUCAGAAAAUACUAUUUGAUCGCCAGGAACCCCAAAAAGUUGGAGAACACUGUAAAUGAACUCAGUAAGUUAUAAUUUAUUUGGAUUUUUAAGUUUAGAAAGAAAAAUAUUAUAAAAUCUAACCUGGAAGUUUUUUAAAUUAAAAAAAUUGUCACUAAAAUUCAAUUCAAAAUUUAUAAACUUUAAUACUAGUGACCUAAAUACAGUUACGAAUUUCAGAAGAAUCAUACGGAUGCGAAAUCAAAACUGCCAUUUUCGACUUUGAAAAAGACGAUUUGGACAAAUUGCCUGCAGAACUUAAGACCCUAGAUGUUGGAAUCCUGAGUAAGUUUUUGAAAAAUAAAAAUAUUUUUAAAAAAUGGUUUUUAAAAUUGAAAAAAAAUUAAAAAAUUGUUUUUAAAAGUCAAAAUAUUUGUAAAAAUGGUCAGUCAAAAAAGGCCCACUUUUGAUUUAUUUUUAAAAAAUUCCGAAAAAUUGCAAAAAAUGAAAAUUCAGUUAACUGUGCCGGCAUUGGUCCAGCAGAAGUUGGAAACUUUUUGGAAUUGCCAGCCGGCUCCCCAACUCAAAUUAUGAAAGUGAACUUGAUGUCCAAUUUGAGGAUGACAGAGCUGAUUCUACCUGGAAUGUUGAAAAGAGAUCAAGGCAUAAUCGUCAACAUUGCUUCUAUGACUGUAAUUUUUCUGUUGCGAUUUUAAAAAUCAAAAAAAGACAUUUUGCCAUAGCGGUCUAUUGUAGAAUUGAACUUUUUUGACUUUUCCCAAACAUUUUUGAAGUUGGUCAAAAAGUACGUAGAUUUCGCUUUGACUUCAUUAGGGUUAGGUUUUUCUGCGUGCUUUUUGACUAAUAAGGUUAUUAAAUCCAUUACUACUGUAGUAUUAUCAAAUGAAUCUAUUAUUUUUAUUAUCAAUUCCAUUUAAAAAAUAAUAAUUUACAUCACCAAUUUUCAGGGCUGGAGACCUCUUCCCUAUAUGUCAACAUACCCAGCGUCAAAGGCUGCCAUUAGUUUUUACUCGGACACUUUGGCCGAUGAAUUUGGCCACACAAAUGUCAAGAUUCAAUGCUUGAUUCCAUUGUUGGUGGCUACGAAAAUCGCGUUUUACGAAAAGGAAGAAGCCAAUGACAUUUGGGUUAUCGACCCACAGACUUAUGCCAGAUACGCUGUUAACAUUAUCGGUCGAUUCAGACUGUCGACUGGAUGCUUCUUCCAUGAUAUGCAGGUAAAUACUACGUAUUUUACAAUACUAUGCCCUAUUCCUACUAACCACUACAAAUUUCUACUUACAACUACAUGCUUUACAUUACUGUGACCUGUUUUAGAUUGCUUUCGGCACGCUGAUUAGCUUCUGGAUGUUCAAGCAACUGUUUGUGCCAUUUGUAAUGCUCGGAGUACACAAAAAACGAGUAAAUAGCUACAAUGCCAAGAAAACUGAGUAA